AUGUUUUGCUGUUCAUCAUCUAAGUAGAAAGAUGAAAAAAAAAAACCAAUAGAGAUAUCGGAACAGUUGAUACCUGAGAAUCAGUAAGGAGAUAGGUAAAUAAAUUAGUUAUAAACUUGAUUAUUAGAUCCUGUAGAACCAAUCAAUAACAGGAAGUAGAGUUAGAAAUAGAAGAAAGACCAAAGAAAAAUUCAAUUGGAUAUUAAGUAUAAGAUGAAAAUGUAUCAGCAUCAAUAUGUCCAUCAUUUGUUGUUGGCAAAACUCCUUUUACUCUUUUCGUUAUAAGUCUUCUUGAAAAAUAAUAAAAUAUGAAAAAAGAGUCUUAGUAACAAGAGGAAAUUAAAAUUGAUUUUUAAGAAGAUUUAAGUGUGAUUGUUAGUUAUCCUUAAAUACAAGCUGAAGUUAAAAAUAAUGAAAAUGAAAAAUCAUAACUUGAAGAAAUUCCUGAUCAACCUGAAGUAAUAUAAGAAGAAGAUGAAGAAGAAGAUGAUAGAGAAAUGUCAGAGGAAGAAGCCAAAAAUGCAGCCAUAUAUAAAUGGGCCAAAGAAAUACAUGAUUAUAAUACAGACAAUACUGAAGAAUUGAUUUUCAAGGCUAUCUCUAAUUUUAAACCACUUUAAUCAAAGGAAGAAUCAAGAUCUACUUUAGCACAUAAAGAUGGAGGUAAAGUGUGCAAAAACAAAAAAUUAAUUAGAACUUUGAGAGCUAUAGGUAAAGAGUUGAUCAAAUAAAUUGGUAAACAAAUUUUAUCUGGUAAUUUAAAUUUAACAACUGUGUCAUUUCCUAUUAAAGCUAUGAUACCUAAAUCUGCACUUGAGAAAGUAUUAAUGUCUAGUUGUCUAUUCCCAUUAUACAUUAAUAGAGCAGUACUAGAAAAAGAUCCUAUUGAAAAAGUAAAGUAUUAAUCAUAUUAUUAGAUGAAGCUAAUUAUUUGUGCCACCUUAGGUAAUUUCUAUUUAAAUUGUUCAUUUCUCAAACCCUUAAAUCCCAUUUUAGGAGAGACUAUUUCUGGUUUCUAUUAAGAUGGUACUACUGCAUAUGUAGAAUAAAUCUCACACCAUCCUCCCAUUAGUUAUUUUCUAACUAUUGGUCCUAAAAAUAGUUAUAAAUUUUAUGGUUAUUAUAAUUAUGAAGCCAAAGCAGGAGUCAAUUCAUUAUCUUUAAAAAAUAAAGGUAAACGGUUUUUAAAAUUUGCUGAUGGAGAAUUAAUUGAAUAUAAUUUUGCAGGAGAAGAAUAUAGUGGUAGUUUUUGGGGACCUAUGAAAGUAGAAUGUAAGGGUAAGAUUACAUUUAUGGAUAAAAAGAAUGAUAUUACAGCUUGUGUUGAAUUAGAUAGUGUAAGAUGGAAAGCAUCUGAUUAUCUAUCUGGAGAAAUCAAAUAAAAAGGUAAAAAGGUCUGUAAAAUAUAUGGAUCUUAUAUGGGAUACAUUGAAUUUGGAGAAGUUAGAUAUUGGGAUGUUAAUUAUAUACGUCCAUAUGAAUGUAAAGUAUUUAAACCAAAUCCAUUUCUUUUAAGUGAUGCAUCAUUCAGACCUGGUAUAUAAGAUUUUUAUAAUUAUUAUAGAUUUAAGAUAACUUAAACGUAAUAAAGUAUAAGAAGCAUAAAAAGAAAAAGAUGAUCUAGAAAUGCAAUAAAGAUAAGAUGCUAAACUUAGAAAACCUAAAAAAUGA